AUGCCGAUGAUUGAUCUCAACGAAGAGGAAGGCGGCGAGGGCUGCGAGCGAGAAGAGGUGAAAGUGGCAAGGAAGAAGGAGCUGAAGAAGAAGGCGAUCUGGGACAGACCCAGAUGCCCAAGUUCACGACCUUCUGGUCCUAGAACACUGUGGCUAAAGUUUACGUUGCAUGAGUUCUUGGGUAAUGAGUAUUGCCAUAAGCUAUCUGUUGACGCGGAAAAAUAG